UUCAAAAUAGACUGAAGACGACUGCGCGAUCCCAAGGAUCUCAUGCCACGCUUCCCCACGCGGCCUAUUGCCAGGCUGGGCGGCCACAAUGGCAUCGUCCAUGUCGUAGCUUACUCUUCCGGCUCCUCCGACUUUAUCCUGACAGGCUCCUCCGACCGCACGAUCCGCCUUUUCAACAUCUCUAGAGCGCCCGUCGAUUCGAAGGUCCCAAACGCCGGGCUUGUGAAGAAGUUUUCGGCGCACGGCCAUGAAGUUCUCUCAAUCGCCGUCAGCCAAGGAAACGACAAAUUUAUCUCAACAGGCGGCGACAAAACCGUCUUCUUCUGGGACGUCGCAACCGCGCAGACGCUUCGGACGUGGCGAGGACAUGGUGGGAGAGUUAACGCGUGUGCGUUUGGUGGGGAAGAUGAGAGUGUGGUUGUCACCGGUAGCUGGGAUGGGACGGUCAAGAUAUGGGAUGUCAAGAGCAACAAUCCAAAACCUAUCAUAACUCUCAAUGAUGCUAAAGACAGCAUCUCCGACGUCUGUGUCUUCGACGCUGACAUUAUAUCCGGGAGUGUGGAUGGCAGAGUGAGACACUACGACCUGAGAAUGGGAAUGUGCAAUAUCGAUGCCAUUGGGCAUCCGGUUACGAGUCUCGCUGUCACCAAGAAGGGCACCGAAACACUCGUCAGCUCACUGGACUCCACUGUUCGACUUAUGGAUCGCGAUAAUGGACAACUUCUGAAAGCGUACCGGGACGAGAGCUUCGUCAAUACUGAUCUCAAGAUCAAGAGCACUCUGGGGCUGAACGACAGCGUCGUGGUGAGUGGCAGUGAUAAUGGCAUGGUCUAUGCGUGGGACUUGCUGGAGGGAGAAGUUCUCCACAAAUUCAACCACUCGGAAAGACAGGAGGUGAAGGGAAAGAAGCCCAGCGCUCCUACCAGUGGAAAGAAGGACGUUGUCAGUGCUGUUGCUUUCUGUAAAACAAGACAGGAGUGGGCGAGUGGAGGGGGUGAUGGGGAUGUCAUUGUCUGGGGAGCGGAAUAGCGACGAACGGUUGCCGGGCAACAUAUCCAGGAUGCUACCUUAUGCCGGACAUGCUUUACGAUCAUGAUACCCAUUUCAAUUCGAACAAUCCUACCUUUGCUAAUACCAGUGCUUUCGAGAGCUUAUGCCUUCCCUUCCCCGACAUAGGCUGUCUGACUAUCCUCUGACAUGGCGGCAGUGCCCAAGUAGUCGCUGCCUUUGCAUUCGGCUUCGCUCUUCUGUACACCUCUCACUUUCUCAAACUUCGCUGGC